AUGGAGAACAAGAAGAAUCUCGUAUUCAAGAAAAAUGACAAGAAUAGAAUGGUUGUCAAGUGUGUAGAUGGUUGUCCAUUUCAUAUUAGGUUUAGCAUGAGGAUUGCCAAUCAAUAUUGGCAACUUGUUAGCUUAACUGAUCGUCAUGGUUGUCAUAGGACAUCCAAAAAUAGACAAGCAAAAACGGAUUGGUUGGGUCGUCAAUUUGUGUACACCAUAAGACACACUCCUGAAAUAAAAACCAAAGGGCUGAUUGCAGAAGCUAUUAAGAAGUGGGGGGUGAAGUUGUCAAAGGAUCAAGCUUAUAGAGCCAAGAAAAAGGCAAUGGAAUUGAUUCAAGGUGCUGGUCGUGAACAAUUCACAUUUCUUAGAAGCUAUGGUGAGGAGUUGUUAAAGUCAAAUCCAAAAUUCAAUGUUAAAAUUAAGUGUGUUGAUUCAGAUGGUGGUCCUGUCUUUGAAAGAAUAUAUGUAUGCUUAGAAGCUUGUAAGGCAACGUUUGCAACGACGUGUAGGCCUCUAAUAGGACUAGAUGCUUGUUUUCUUAAAGGGGACUUUGGAGGUCAGUUAAUAGGUGUUGUUGGUAAGGAUGGAAAUAACAAGAUUUAUCCAAUCGCUUAUGCCGUAGUGGAAGCUGAAACGAAAGACUCUUGGAAAUGGUUCCUUAAUUUGUUACUAGAAGACUUGCAAUCUAUACAAGACAACAAAUAUGGAUUUAUAUCAGAUCAACAGAAGGGAUUGGUACCGGCUAUUCUUGAGACAAGCUAA